AUGUGGAGUCGCGAGGACGGCGAGAAUUGUCGCGCUCCGGGUGGAAUUUUCUGGACACCGCCACCGAGAUGGGAAACGAGGAAAAGAGUUUACGCGGCGAUGCCGAUAUCGGAGAGAAAAAGAAAAUGCUCGAUGGAAAAGCAAGAACCAUUUCACAUGAUCCACAAGGUUCCUUCUGGUGAUUCCCCUUACGUUAGAGCCAAACAUGCCCAGUUGAUAAGUAAAGAGCCGGAUCGUGCAAUCUCCUUGUUUUGGGCUGCGAUCAAUGCUGGAGAUCGAGUUGAUAGCGCUCUGAAAGACAUGGCAGUGGUUAUGAAACAGUUAGACAGAUCCGAUGAAGGAAUAGAAGCUAUCAAAUCUUUCCGAUAUCUCUGCUCUUUCGAAUCCCAAGAUUCCAUUGAUAACUUGCUACUUGAUCUCUACAAGAAGUCAGGGAGGAUCCAAGAGGAAGCUGAGCUGCUUGAACACAAACUGAAAAUACUCGAACAAGACGACUGUGGUAGAAUCACAAUAGCGAGAAGAAGCCACGGGAAGCAGAUCAACACUUCAAUCGAGCAAGAGAAAGCACGGGUUCUAGGGAACUUAGCUUGGGUUCACUUGCAGCUUCAUAACUAUGGAAUAGCAGAGCAGCAUUACAGGAAUGCUUUGUCUUUGGAGCCUGACAAUAACAAGCUGUGCAAUCUCGCCAUCUGCUUGAUGCGUAUGGAUCGAACCACGGAAGCUAAGUCUCUGCUUGAAGACGUAAAGCAGUCUAUCAGAAAUCAAUAUAAGGACGAGGCGUUUUACAAGUCUUUUGAACGAGCUAAGGAGAUGUUAGCCGAAAGAGAAAGGGCAGCAACAGUAGCGGAUAAGGAUAAUCCCAGUGGUUUUAUGACAAGUAGUAGCUCUUCAGAUUGGAUUUGGAGCUAUCCUUUUAUCAAGGAAAAGCAAGCUGUUCAUGAACCAGGGAACAUGUACAAAGAGAAAUCGAAUGUUUCCGGUGAAUCGGUUGACCAAAACUCGCCAGUUCUGAUUACACAGCCCCAGCCCCGGGAGUGUAAAUGGGUCGAUGAGGAAGUGACAAUUGGUGCUGCUCGAAGGCUAAGGUUCGGGAAACUUUGUGACAAGAGUGAUGAUUCGAAGAGUGUAGAAACAGCAGAUUCGACUACUAAUGCAAGGAAGAUGUGUGCAGAUUUAGUGAAAGAGAAGGAAAGUUCAGAAAAAGGACUUCGGAAGAUAAUAGCUUCAGGAUCAUCUGCAGCUUACGCUCAGAUUAUGGAUAUUGGUCAAAGAACCGUAUAG